CUCUCUCCCCGCCCCUCAGGCCGCUGGGACCUGGAGCUUCCGGGAGCGGGCGCCCGUGCGUGAUGACGCACGUGGUCGCGAAGACGUGGGGACGCAGGCGGGUCGUAGAGAGCGCUCAGCUGCCUCUGUAUCUUCCCAGAUUCCUCGCGUCUGACCACAUUUUCCCGUCACAGGCUUGAUAUCUAACCAUGCAGCGGAGGUCAAGAGGAAUUAAUAUUGGGCUGCUUCUGCUCCUUUCUCAAAUCUUCCACGUUGGGAUCAGCAAUAUUCCACCUGUCACCCUAGCAACUUUGGCUCUCAACAUCUGGUUCUUCUUGAAUCCUCUGAAGCCGCUGCUUAGCUCCUGCCUUAGCGUGGAGAAGUGUUACCAGCAAAAAGACUGGCAGCGCUUACUGCUUUCCCCUCUUCACCAUGUGGAUGAUUGGCACUUGUAUUUCAAUAUGGCAUCCAUGCUCUGGAAAGGAAUUCAUCUGGAAGGAAGACUAGGAAGUAGAUGGUUUGCCUACGUCAUCACCACGUUCUCCCUACUCACUGGGGUGGUGUACCUCUUCUUGGAAUUUGCUCUGGCAGAACUUAUGGAUGAACCUGACUUCAGAAGGAACUGUGCUGUAGGUUUCUCAGGAGUUUUGUUUGCUUUGAAAGUUCUUAACAACCAUUAUUGCCCUGGAGGCUUUGUCAACGUUUUGGGCUUUCCUGUACCCAACAAAUUUGCUUGUUGGGCAGAACUUUUGGCUAUUCAUUUCAUCUCGCCAGGGACUUCCUUCGCCGGGCAUCUGGCCGGGAUCCUUGUUGGACUAAUGUACGUCUGCGGACCUCUGAGGAAGAUCAUGGAAACGUGCUCAGGCAUUUUUCCCUCCAAUAUUGAUUACCCAGGACAGCAGUACUACUUUAAUAGUUUAGGCUACUUUGGAUAUCAGGAUUAUUACCCACGUGGCAGGCCAGGUUACUAUGAAGAGGUACCCAGGAACUAUGACGCGUAUACAGCGGGACUGAGUGAAGAGGAACAGCUGGAGAGAGCGUUGAGAGCCAGCCUCCGGGACCAAGGAAAUCGUAGAAAUAGCCCCGCGGCCUAUGGGUUCCAUCUCACACCAGAAGAAGAAAUGAGGAGAAAGCGGCUUCACAGAUUUGACGGCCAGCGAGGUGACCCAGCCAUGUGAACAAAUGUGAUCCAGCUGUGUUAUCAUCGCCCCCAAGCCCCCACUUAGUUUUAAACAAAAGCAGAGGGCACUGUGACCGUCCCAAUUGCUCACAUCUGCCGUGGCCCUUCGUCCUAUGGCCUCUGUGAGUCUAAUUUGCAAGCAGAUUGACAUCUUGAGACCAGGCUUGUUGGAUGCAGCUCACAGCUCUCUGGGAGUGGCCCACCUCCUGGCCUUGUCUUCUUGCAGACAGAAAGUAAGCGUCUCCACAUAGGGACCAGUUUCCACACUCAUUUCUCUCACUGCUGACUCAGCCUUGUUUUGUCUUUGAAGACCGUGACCUUCGCCAGGAGUUUUGUGUUCACCAGCCCAGAAGAUCAGGCCCUCAUUCUGCUCAGUGCUCGACUUGGCAGGAAGCAGGGAGCCAUCCCUCAUCCUCCUGGCGUGUUGCCAUGGUGACUUUCCAGGAACAGGACGUGGCUACCAUCGCAGGCUGUCGUCCCGGUCUGCCGUGCCCAAGCGCCUCGGCUCCUUGGGCCCCCAUAUCUGGAUGGUGGUUGCGGUGAACCUGCUUUGCUGUGCUAUCACUCUGCCUUCACGGGAUGUGUAACUGGAAAAGCUUAAGUAAGACCUCAGAUGGGAAACCACUUACACACUCCAUGACACAGCAGGCGGCAUCCACAGUUGGGCUCCCAGCAGCCUCUCCGGUGGCGACGUACCAUCCCGGAGAUGCAACUUGUAUUGAACUAACCAGCAAAGCAGCAGCAGGUGCUGCGUGCAGAGUAGUGACCAGUGGGUUGGUCACUGAGAAAUCCCUCGUGACGAAGUAUUUUUUUCUCAUAAAAGUGCCUUUUAAUUGACCACUGUAACAGCCGCUUGUCCUACUCACCCGUCCAAGACACUCCCCAAACCCACAGACUGCAAGUCUCUCCUGGUGCUUGUUUUUCAUGAAUAAAAGGAAAAAGUCAAAUAUCA